AUGUCGGAUCACCGGCCCGCGAUAGCUGGUCUGGAGGGCAAACCAUCGGCUGCCAAAUUGUCGCCAGCGACCGACACGGCCGAUGCACAGGGAGGCGCCCUUCGCCAAGCCUUCGCUCACGUUUAUGGUCUCUCUCGGUCUUCGUCGGCCCGCACCUCCACGAGUUCUCUCCAGGCCUUGAACGAAGAUAUUGUGGUGGAUGCUCGGUCGGAACAUGGCAGCGCUGGGCGCAGCCCCCGGAGGGCUUCACGACACUCUGAAACCCAGGGCGACUACCCGGUGUACCCCGACCAAUCCUACGCUAGCCUACAGUCUCAGAUUCAUCCAACAUGGCAACCUCCACACCUACGGUCGCGGAGCUCAUAUCCAUCACAAGCAGAUGCCACCCCUCAUGUGCCACACCCGCGUGUCUCUCGUACCGCGGGCAAUACCCCGGUGUCGAGCCCAGGACUGUUCUCUAUGCGGGGCUCGCGCACAACACCACCGCAGGGGUCAGACGAGGAAGGUUGGAUCGGCAGCCCCUACCUCCAUCCAAGCCAUUUGCAACCGCCGAAAGAGACGCAUACCGUCGAAGUGGAUCGGGAUUUGGUCACGGGUAACAAGGUCAUCAAUCAAUAUGAGAUCCUGGAGGAGCUUGGACGUGGUGAGCAUGGGAAAGUCAAACUCUGUCGGCAUGUGGCCACCAAGCAGAAGGUGGCCAUCAAAAUCGUUCAGCGGUACUCCAAACGUCGUCGGUUAGGCAAACUGGGUAACCCGGAGGAUAAAGUCAAGAAAGAGGUGGCUAUUUUGAAGAAAGCGCGGCAUCCGAACGUGGUCAGCUUGCUCGAAGUCAUCGAUGAUCCCAACCAACAGAAGGUCUAUAUCGUGUUGGAAUAUGUUGAGAACGGUGAGAUCAUCUGGCGCAAGAAGGGUCUUCGAGAGAUUGUGCACGUGGACAAACUCCGGUUCGAGCGCGAACAAGCUGGGAUCCCCGAUACCCCGGCCUUUGUGGAAGAGAGCCAUCAAUUUGUCCGGACCGCUCAGCAUCUGCGUCGGCAACGCAAAAGAGCGCGGGAGCGCAUCGAAGCGCAGGCUGCUGAUGCGCAGAAGGGUCCCAUUCCCGCCUGGAGUUUGGAGCACGGUGCGGAGUCGUCAGAUGAAGAGGAUGAGGGUGUUGGCCUUGGACUGGGGCUCGGGCGUACGUCCACCCGUUCGACGGCCAUCCUUGACGAGAACUCUCCGAGUGCCUCCCUCUCUUCCGCUCUCGAUUCCCAAGCUGCGGUCGAAGGCAGCAUGUAUGGCGCCUAUGUCGAUUAUCCGUUCGAACGACGCUUCAGCACCGCAUCCAGCAGCUUCGGAUAUGCUCCUUCCGAGCCGGAAUGGUCUGCAGAUGGAGAUGAUAUGUCCUAUGUUCCCUGCUUGACCAUUACCGAAGCCCGCAACGCAUUCCGAGACUCUGUCCUUGGAUUGGAGUAUCUUCACUACCAGGGGAUCAUCCAUCGUGACAUCAAACCUGCUAAUCUAUUGGUGACCAGCAGCCACCGCGUCAAGAUCUCUGAUUUCGGUGUCUCAUACCUAGGUCGACCUAUUCGAGAUGAAGAGGAGGAACGAGUAGACGAGACUGGGGCGGCAGAAUUGGAUGAUGCUCGCGACUUAUCCAAGACCGUUGGAACUCCCGCCUUCUACGCCCCGGAACUGUGCUACACCGGCGACGAUUUUGUCGAGACAAUCGGGUCGAUCCCAAAAAUCACUGGUGCGAUUGACGUUUGGUCUUUGGGCGUUACCCUAUAUGGGAUGAUCUUUGGCCGCCUACCUUUCGUCUCGGAUGAUGAAUACAGCAUGUUCCAGACCAUCGUGAAGAAAGAAGUCUUUAUCCCGCGGAAGCGUCUCGUUCCCGUUGUCAGAGAGGACUCUUCCACCAGUGCUCAAUGGAACCACCGCAACAGUGAUGAGCUGGCCUAUGAGGAUAUUGACGACGAGCUUUAUGAUUUACUUCGUCGGUUGUUGACCAAGGAUCCCAUCAAGCGCAUCACUUUGAAGGAGAUCAAGCACCACCCUUGGACCCUUCACGGCCUACCCAAUCCCCGAGCGUGGAUCGAGGAGACGGACCCCGCCUAUCAAAGCAAAGGAAAGAAGAUCGAAGUCUCGAACGAGGAAGUCACCAGUGCUGUCAGCAAGGUUCCUUUCAUUCAACGGGUUCGGUCCAAUGUGGCAAAGUGGUUUGGAAGUCGGUCUAAGGACAAGGAAUCUCGCAAGCGAACAUCGAGUACCACACCAUCUUCGGACACGCUAUCAUCUGCCUCGACGAGCAGUACCUUUGGCAAAGCCUCGCCAGACAGCCGCCGGCACAGUUUGCGAGGAGACGAGGAAUUCUUUCGGCCAGUCAAGUUUGGCGGCCAAAGCGAACACCCCCUAGCUCAAAGCGUGACGGCCAGUCCAGUGGAAGAAGAAGAAUGGUCUUCGUAUUUCGAUAAGACUGUUCCCGGAGCCAAUGCUGCUCCAGCUCCUAUCGUGACUCCACGGCCGGGACCUCCAAGACGCGCCAAAUCUUCCAUGUCGACUGCAGAGUCUGCAAAGACUGUAAGGCAAUCCAGUUUCGACACGACCCCCACGGUGCGACCGCGAACGGGUACCCCUUCGAUCAUCGAAACUCUGGGGACUGCCAGUCUCGGUGGCCUCUUCAGCGGAUCUCGGCGGAUAUCACGGGGCAUGUACAGUAGCAGCCGCAGUCGGCGCUCAUCUCCCUCUGGCGACUUGACAUCCCUGGAAGGUGGAGAUCGUCGCUCAGAGCCAAGCCUUGCCGUUAGUGUUGCCUCUGCAAUUGGCCAAGUUCGGAGCAACGGUCUAUGGCAACACGAAGCCGCUGUCUCCGCCAAGAGCCCAGGCCCUCCCCCAGCACCCAUGCAUCGGCGCAACCGAUCCCAGCAGCUAGCGGGCAAGUCUUCCGCGGAAUCGUUCACCCUCACGAAAGAAGCGCUUCUACGGCGCCGGCGGAGCGACAUCGAACCAGGUGUUGACCGAGAUCCGCUGGCAUCUGCAGUUAAAAGCAAGAUACCAUCAAGCGACUCUCUCCAUUUACCCCCGGCUCCUCCACUUCCGGAUCUUGGAUGUCCCGUCGACCCUCUCAGUCGUGGUCUCACCACCUCCACACCCUCGGCCGCCACCAUAUCUUCCUCUUCUGCAGACGAUUUCACCAGUGGCAUGUCUCAAAGCGCUUCUCAUCCUAGCAUCCCCUCUGUUGUGUCUGGGGCUUCUUCUCUUUCUGGAGAUGGCUUCUUCCAUGACAAAGGAUCUGAUUCCUCGACCCAAGUGCCUUCUAUCCUCCGCACUGGUGAGACGGUCAAACCUCAUCACUCGAGUACACUUCGCCCGUCAGAGGAUGAUGAGUCAAGGUACUACUGCGAUGACGAGGAUGAAGGUGAUUCAGAAGACGAGGUUCUUGUGAUCGGAAAGAAGAAGCCACCGGUCAAGACUGGGAAUAACUGA